UCUUCUUCACAGAGCUCAGCGCUCGUUUUCAUCGUCUUCGGCUCUUCGCCGUUCUUGUUUGUCGUUCUCUCGGCGCUGCAUGUUGAAGACUGGCGAGUGAAGAACACUUUUGACCUUGCAAUAAUAUCAAUGGCUUACAGACGCUGUCUCUUGAUAAGAGGAAAACUCAUCGAUCGGAAAUGCCAUCCAUCUUUAAGUUAUCUUUUCCAUAGUGAUGAACAUAAACGUGAAUAUCCUGAUGAAAAAUUAUCUGCAGCAGAAGUCGGUCGUCUUCUGCAAAAAAGGUCAUUUGGAAGCUCUAUAAAUGGAUCAUUAGGGUUUGCUGCCUCUUCUAAGCAUACAACAAAUUCUAAUGGUUUCCUCGUCCCAUGCUCUGGAUAUUCUUUUUGCCGAUAUAUGUCUACAAUCAAUCAGGGUUCUAAUAAUAUUGACUUCACAAGUGAUGUAGCAAAUGUCCUAACAGACACAACCAUGGAGUCUGUUGCUUCUCAGGCUCCUAUACAUAGUGAAGUUGCAAUAGCUGCUGCUGAUUCAUUUUUACCUGUUCAAGCUUUGCAGUAUUUCAUAGAUUAUGUGCAUACCUACACUGGACUAAAUUGGUGGGCAGCUAUUGCUCUGACGACCCUCCUUAUUCGAGGUGCAACACUCCCGCUCUUAAUAAAUCAACUUAAGGCCACCAGCAAGCUUACUCUAAUGAGGCCUCACCUGGAGGACAUUAAGCAAGAGAUGCAAGAUAAGGCUAUGGAUCCCAUGGCUGUUGCUGAAGGUCAAAAGAAGAUGAAGAAACUGUUCAAAGAAUAUGGUGUGAGUCCAUUUACUCCGUUGAAAGGACUCUUUAUUCAAGGUCCUAUCUUUGUCAGCUUUUUCCUUGCGAUAACAAACAUGGCUGAAAAGAUGCCAUCAUUCAAAAAUGGUGGAGCCUAUUGGUUCCUUGAUCUCUCAACUCCCGAUACCUUGUACGUUCUGCCAAUUCUGACUGCAUUGUCAUUCUUAAUAACGGUAGAGUGCAAUAUGCAAGAGGGAAUGGAAGGAAAUCCUGUUGCGGGCACCAUGAAAAAUGUCUCUAGGGUUCUUGCUGUUUUUACGGUUCCUUUUACCAUGGGAUUUCCAAAGGCUAUAUUUUGUUACUGGAUUACAUCAAAUUUGUUUUCACUUGGAUACGGACUCGCGCUUAAAGUUCCUGGCGUUAAGGAAGCGUUGCGCAUUCCAAAAAUGCCUGCUGCUGCACCUACCAACGCACCACAAUCUCCCUUCUCUUUUUUUCCGACAGCAAAGAAAGAUUCAGAAGCAGCCAAUGAAUCAAACCCGUCUCCAGUUGAACAAUCGAAACUUCCAGGUCAGAAGAUAUCUUCUUCAUCUAUUCUUAGUCAGAGGAUCAGAAGCUUAGAGAAACAAGUGAAAGGAAGAAAGAAGAACAAGAAGCACUGAACAAGGCUCUCACCUUCUUGGACCAUGCCAUCUGAAUGUGGCUAUGAUUUGAUUUGUUACUGCUUAUUAUCCUCUGAAGCAGGAGCUAGGAGUUUGUCACAUAUUAGUUGGAUUAAGAGAGGCUAGGCAAUAAAUCUUAUUAAUUUAUAAUUAUUUGCGGUGGCCUGAGGGAAAUUUUUGUUGUACUGUAUACUAAAGAUGAAAGUUUUGGCUUCUAGAUUUUUUUUUUUUUGGUGAAUAGGUUGCAAUUAAAGGGGCAACCUUCACGGUUCACAUACAUAUUUUUGCCAAGUCAUCAGUGUCAAAUGUUCCUGGGAAUUGGGGAACGCCCAGGUAUUACUUGGGACAACUUUCUGUAAUGGAUAAACAAAACUCAAUUUUGUUCAAUGUCCUACGAAAUGUGGUGAUGAGUUACAAGGGUAAGAAUUAUUGUUACUUU